AACCCUUAACCCUCUUAGCUGCUACUGUCUACAAGUGUUAAGCCUAAGCUAUGGUGCAUCAUAGUUGAGCUCACACACUGGUUUCAAUGGCGGUGGGUCCUCUUCUUCUUCGCUCUCUCUGGUCCUCCACCAGAAAAUCCCUAUCCUCCUCUUCCCCUUCUCCUCCCUCUCGCUUCUUCUCACGCCCCUUUUCCGCCGCUUCCGCCGCCGCCGCCGCGUCCGCCACCGCCCCCGCUGGAUCCCUCGACCCCAACCGCCUUCGCAACGUGGCAGUGAUCGCUCAUGUCGAUCACGGCAAGACCACCCUCAUGGACCGCAUCCUCCGCCAGUGCGGCGCCGACAUCCCCCACGAGCGCGCCAUGGAUUCCAAUUCCCUCGAACGCGAGCGCGGUAUCACCAUCGCUUCCAAGGUUACCACUGUUUCGUGGAAAGAGAAUGAGCUCAACAUGGUGGAUACUCCUGGACACGCUGAUUUUGGUGGUGAGGUUGAACGUGUUGUUGGUAUGGUUGAGGGAGCAGUUUUGGUCGUUGAUGCUGGUGAAGGUCCACUUGCGCAGACAAAAUUUGUUCUUGCGAAAGCAUUGAAGUAUGGGUUGCGGCCUCUUCUUCUUUUAAACAAAGUAGACCGACCUUCAGUUACUGAAGAGACAUGUGAUGAAGUUGAGAGUCUGGUGUUUGAUCUAUUUGCCAACCUGGGUGCUACAGAGGAGCAACUUGACUUUCCAGUUCUUUAUGCUUCUGCUAAAGAAGGAUGGGCAUCCACCACCUUUACCAAGGAUCCUCCUGCCGAGGCCAGAAAUAUGUCACAGUUGCUUGAUGCCAUUGUAUCACAUGUCAAACCACCAAACACAAGCAUUGAUGCACCUUUUCAAAUGCUGGUUUCAAUGAUGGAAAAAGACUUCUAUCUUGGGCGAAUUUUGACUGGACGUGUGUAUUCUGGGGUUGUACGUCUUGGCGACAGGGUUCAUGGGCUACGUCAUAAAGAUUCUGGUGUCGAAAAGAUUGAAGAGGGAAAGGUGGUGAAGCUGAUGAAAAAGAAGGGUACAAGCAUGGUUCUAAUUGAUAGUGCUGGAGCUGGCGAUAUAAUUUCAGUUGCUGGCUUGGCAAGUCCAUCAAUAGGCCAUACAGUUUCAACUGUUGAGGUUAUGUCUGCAUUGCCCACAGUUGUGUUGGACCCCCCAACAAUUUCCAUGACUUUUGGUGUAAAUGACUCCCCUUUAGCUGGUCGUGAUGGCACUCAUUUGACUGGGGGAAGAAUUGGUGACCGACUGUUGGCUGAAUCUGAGACCAACCUUGCUAUAAAUGUGCUUCCAGGCUUAUCAGAAACAUAUGAAGUGCAGGGAAGAGGAGAGCUACAGCUGGGUAUUUUAAUUGAAAAUAUGAGACGUGAGGGAUUUGAGUUAUCUGUCUCUCCACCUAAAGUCAUGUAUAAAACAGAAAAGGGUCAGAAACUUGAGCCAGUAGAAGAAGUUACAAUUGAGGUAAAUGAUGAGCAUGUUGGCUUGGUAAUGGAGGCCUUGUCUCACAGACGAGCUGAGAUUACAGACAUGGGACCUGUAUCGGGAACUGUUGGUCGAACUAGAUUGUCUUUGACUUGUCCAUCUAGGGGCCUGGUUGGUUAUCGGAGUGUGUUCAGCAGUGACACACGUGGAACUGGGUUCAUGCAUCGUGCUUUCCUUGAAUAUGAAAAAUAUCGAGGCCCUCUUGGCAAUGUUAGGAAAGGAGUAUUGGUGUCUAUGGGUUUUGGCACAGUCACAGCUCAUGCAUUGAUGAGCUUAGAAGCUCGAGGGACUCUUUUUGUAGCCCCUGGAAUGGAUGCCUAUGAUGGAAUGAUUGUUGGAGAACAUUCACGAGAAACAGAUCUUGAUGUCAAUCCAGUUAGAUCUAAAGAACUCACAAAUAUUCGUGCUGCUUCCAAGGAUGAGAAUGUGAAGCUGACUCCUCCUCGCCUUAUGACGCUUGAAGAAGCUAUAGGGUAUGUAGCAUCAGACGAGCUUAUUGAGGUUACACCAAAGGCCAUCCGGUUACGGAAGAAAUACCUUGAUGUGAACAAGCGCAAAACAAUGAGUAAAAGGCCAAAGGAAUGAGGAGGAAGCCAAAAAGAAACGAGGAGUUUGUCCUCGAUUAAAUUUUGUAACAUUAAUUUGUUCAGUGUAUGGUAUAUUAGUUUUCACGAGCAAGAUUUUGCCAUCAGGUUCUACCUUCAUUUUACAGGUAUAUUAUAUUUAGGCACUGCAGAAAGAAAUAUUCAUUGAUAGUGAUAAAAUAACUCAAUUUUGUAUUUCUGAGAAACAAUUAAUAAUUGCCUAUUGGCUGCCAAACUAGUUACAUAUUGUUAUUUGUAUCA